AUGCACAAAAGCAGCCUUGUCGGCAGGCGUGCGCUCACUGUCGCUGGCACAGAGCCGUAUAUUUGCCCAACAUGCCUGGUCAAAGCAUCAGCAGGCGUGCGAGCUGCACCGGUGGAUGGAGCUCGGAGAAGCAUUAGCAACAGCAGCGCGAGCGACAGGAGACAGCGGAGCCGGCUUGCUCAUUCACAGCAGACAGUGCGAACGUCCGGAACAAGAAGGCACGCUUCGCAUGGCUCGCUAGCCUCUGCCACUGCUAUCAAUGCGCCCACUACAGUGCCGGCCGCGUAUCGCGACCUUCACCAGAGAUUGUCGGCACUGAAGGCCGAAGCAGGCACAUAUAUCAGCCUAUCACGACUAGAGCUAGCUAUACGGAGCUUAGAGAGCGAUACGCCAGUCACAAGAAUAGCGCUACUAGGACUGGGUAUCAAUGGAGCACAAGCAGCAAGGAAGCUAGCACGGGUCCUGCUAAGCGAUGCCCUGGGCGACAAACAAGAAUGGGAGCAAGAUAUAUUGCGUAGCGGACAGGACGGUCGGAGUCUUCUGCUACGAUACGGGGAUGUUGAGGACACGGUGCAGCAGAGUCCGCUCAUGCAGACAUUGAGUUUACCUUCGCCUUUUCUCCGACGGCAUAAUGUUGAGAUACUGGUGACGACAUUCAACACGUCCGUUGCGGCGGACGGUGUCAGCGAUGCGGAGAUUGAGGAGGCCCUUCUGGUGCCUUCCCUGGUCACGCCGAACUCAAGCGCUGGCAGGGUGGGCUUCGUGCGAUACCCUGUGCACAAGGCUUUAGUAGUGGCCGAGGGCAUUACUGGAGCUGUAGAGUAUGGAAGACUACCUCGGUUUCUGGACAAGGCAGAGCUCAUACAUGCUGCUUUGAGUCUGCCCUUACGCUCUUCGACAGGCGAGAAGAGUGCUGAGCAGACGGCCACGGACAAUGUCAUCGACAUUGACCUUGCCACCCACGCUCUUGGUUUGUUCCGUGCGAACAAGGCGAACGGUGCACAGUUCAGCGAGGAGUGGCAAACAAGCCGCAUGUCCACACUUUCGCAAUGGAUAUCUGGACCGCGGGAAGCCGAGCAGGAGGGGUUCAAGCCUUCUAUGCGCAGUCUCAUGGACUCAGUGCUACUUACAGGCUUGGCAGCCAUCGAGCAAGCCGAAAGGACACAAAUAGCCUCCAACAAGCGCACCACAGUGCCCGAAGCCACGCGCACAAGACUCAACUCCCUCAUCUCCCACUUCGCCGCCGACUGGCACCGCGACCUUCAAACAAAUCUCCAAACAGCACUAGAAUCCCGAACAUGGAGCCGAACAGCCUGGUUUCGUCUCCUCUGGCGCAUCGACGACGUUUCAGUCUCUGCCUCCGACGUCCUUCGCCUAAGCUGGUUGACAGAAGCCGAGCAAACCCUAGCCUUCCUGAGCGGCCGUAUCGAAGAAGCCGGUCUGGCCACAUCUGACCAACUGCGCGGCGCAGGCACCGCUACAUCAAACGCCGUGGAAGCUGCUAAUCAAGUAGAGGUCCAAGUGAUUGAUCUACAACCUCAGCGUAGCCAAGUCAUUAGCAUACCAACACAAGACGCCCGCCUCGACGCUGAUAUUAUGCAAGUCGAAAGCCUAGCCCAGCGGAUCAAGGCCCAAACAGGCGUGAACGCAAUGUUCGACCCUCCCUGGCCACGAACGAUAAAUCUCGCUCGGCAGCAAAUGCUUCACUCCGACGUCCCGCAAUUUCAUCGGAAAGCCCAAGCGCUCCUUCUCUCGACUCUGAGUACAGCAGGGGGCUCGACAGCUCUGGGAGCCUGGAUCUGGCUUGCUACGAACGGAGCAGGAAUACAGUCUGCGGGCGCUCUAGCUGCUUUGGGUAUCGUCUGGAGUCUGCGACGCUUGCAGUCAUUGUGGGGGAAAGAACGGGAAGCGUUCGCAACGAGCCUGAAGGAGAACGGACGGACUGUGCUGGCAGAUGUUGAGCUGCAUCUUCGCAAGCUCGUCAUGGAGGGAGGCAGGACGGAGACCAGAGCAGAAGCUCUCCGGGAUUGGCAGCAGGCUCGUGCUGCGCUGCAGAGCUGUAGGGAGGCGGCUGAGAAGAUCAAGUGA